CUCUGCCCUCCUUCCCACCCCUUCUGCUUCAGGGCUGGGGCCGCUGAAACUAGUGGCAGCUGGUGAUUGGUGGUCGCCGAGGCAGCCAAUCGGAGAGAGGCACCUCAGAGCAGGCGUAGUGUGGGCCCAGCCCCCUAAGAGGAAGAGAAAGAAGAGGGGAAAGGAAAAGGAGAGACGCAAAGCAAGUCAGGUGGUGGAAGGUGCAAUUUUUAGGGCAUUGCUAGUACACGCAAGGAUGAAUGUCAGUAAAGUCUGCCUGUUAGUGCUCCUGCUGGGGCUGGCUCAGCUUGCUAUAUUAGCAAGGUGCCAAGGAGAAGAACAAGGUGGAGAAUCUAUUACAAAAGAGGAUGCUGACGACGAUGAUGACGACGACGAUGAAGAUGAAGAUGAUGAGGAUGAUGAUUCUGAAGUUAAAGAAGAAAAUGGUGUUUUAGUUCUGAAUGAUGCAAAUUUCGAUACCUUUACUGCAGACAAAGACACCGUCCUGUUGGAGUUCUAUGCACCAUGGUGUGGGCACUGCAAGCAGUUUGCUCCAGAAUAUGAAAAGAUAGCCAAAACUCUGAAGGAAAAUGAUCCUCCCAUUCCAGUUGCCAAAAUAGAUGCUACUGCAGCCACUGCUGUGGCAGGUCGUUUUGAUGUUAGCGGCUACCCAACCAUCAAAAUUCUGAAGAAGGGGCAGGCAGUUGAUUAUGAUGGAUCCCGAACAGAAGAUGCAAUUGUGGCUAAAGUUAAAGAGGUUUCUGAUCCAAAUUGGACCCCUCCUCCAGAAGCUACACUGGUGUUGACCCAAGAUAACUUUGAUGAAGUAGUGAAUGAUGCUGACAUAAUGCUGGUGGAGUUCUAUGCCCCGUGGUGUGGACAUUGCAAAAAGCUCGCUCCAGAGUAUGAGAGAGCUGCCCAGGAGCUCAGCAAACGCACCCCCCCAAUUCCUCUAGCUAAAGUGGAUGCCAUUGCUGAAACAGAUCUCGCAAAGAAGUUUGACGUCUCUGGCUAUCCAACUCUGAAAAUCUUCCGCAAGGGCAAGCCUUUUGACUACAAUGGCCCACGAGAAAAAUAUGGUAUUGUUGACUACAUGAUUGACCAGGCUGGUCCUCCAUCCAAACAGAUUCAGGCUACCAAACAGGUACAAGAAUUUCUGAAGGAUGGUGAUGAUGUCAUAAUCAUUGGCAUCUUUAAUGGAGAGAUGGACAAAGCCUAUCAGCUGUAUCAAGAUGCUGCUAAUGGCCUAAGAGAAGAUUACAAGUUUCACCACACCUUCAGCAAUGAGAUCGCAAAAUUCUUGAAAGUGACUCCUGGAAAACUGGUGGUCAUGCAACCUGAAAAAUUUCAGUCAAAACAUGAGCCCAAAAUGAAUGUUUUGGAUCUUAAAGAUUCUACUGAUGGGUCUGAAAUAAAGGAUCACGUGGCAAAACAUGCUUUGCCACUAGUUGGUCAUCGCAAGACCUCCAAUGAUGCUAAGAGAUAUGCUAAGCGUCCUCUCGUGGUUGUCUACUAUACUGUAGACUUUAGUUUUGAUUAUCGUGUUGCUACCCAGUACUGGAGAAGCAAAGUCUUAGAGGUGGCCAAAGACUUCCCUGAAUAUACUUUUGCCAUUUCUGAUGAGGAAGAUUAUUCUUCUGAAAUAAAGGAUCUGGGGCUGAUUGACAGUGGGGAAGAUAUUAACGCUGCAAUCCUUGAUGAAGGUGGCAAGAAAUAUGCCAUGGAACCAGAGGAGUUUGACUCUGAUGUGCUCAGGGAAUUCAUUUUGGCAUUCAAAAAAGGAAAACUGAAACCUAUUGUGAAAUCCCAGCCAGUACCAAAAAAUAACAAAGGGCCUGUGAAGAUUGUGGUUGGUAAAACAUUUGACACCAUAGUAAUGGAUGCAAAGACUGAUGUCCUAAUAGAGUUCUAUGCUCCCUGGUGUGGACACUGCAAGCAACUGGAACCUGUAUACACUGAGCUGGCUAAAAAAUAUAAGAAUCAGAAAAACCUAGUCAUUGCCAAGAUGGAUGCUACUGCCAAUGACGUGACAAAUGAUCACUACAAAGUGGAAGGAUUUCCCACCAUCUAUUUUGCUCCCAGCAACAACAAAAAGCAUCCUAUUAAAUUUGAAGGCGGGAAUAGAGACUUAGAGCAUUUGAGUAAAUUUAUAGAGGAACAUGCAACAAAACUAACCAGGACAAAAGAAGAGCUUUAGAUGAGCUGAGGGGGAGAAAGAAUUGUUUGUACGUUGUAGGGAAAGCAAGUUACUCACAAAAAUUGUUGGGGGAACAAUUCAGCAGUUUAAGCAAAGGGGAUUCUUGAGCAGAAAAAAUAUUGCAGUAUCUGAUUUUUGUAUUACAAAAAAAAUCAUACUGGACACUGAACUUCUGUCUGACAUGAAUGUCUUUAGACUAGUUAUAAUUUUGAUCUUUGGAGGAAAAAUACAGUCUUUAUUUUUCGUGACUACCUUUUGAGCUUGAUUUUUUUUUUUUUUUUUUUUUUUUUUUAUUACAGUGCAGUUUGUUUUCGGUAUUUUUUAACUCUCUCUAAGAUUUAUAAAAAAAAACAAACAUCUGCCAGACUGGCUUGUAUCUGCCUCUUCAUGUUCGUUUGGGUUUUUUAAGUUCUUUGUCUAUUUGAAUUUGAACAGUUGUGUUUCAUGUGACUAUAUCACUUCCUGUCUUUGAGGAUGAGAAGAGAAUUUUAAAAUGGAGACAACUGUCUUAUCAAGAUCAGAUGCAAAGAACAAAGGUGCUAACUUGACAUGCUUCUACACCUGUCCGCUUUUGCUUUAUGCAUGUCAUUUUAGAUUACACUUCUGUUCCCUACAAAAACACGAAGAUGUAUCUGUUUAUCAGUGGCUUUGCCCCUCCCCACCCUUUCACUCCUUUAUUCCCAGGGACUGUAUUGAAUAUACUCUUAAAAAGUGAAGUAGGAGUAUAUGAUGACAUAUGUUGCUUAAUACUGUAAUGCAGUCUAGAGAGAGGCUUUAAUAUUCUGAGAAUAAACCCUGAUUUCAACCA